UCUCCAUAUCUCCCCCCUUUCCUCCCCCCUCCUCGUCCCAUUCUCUCUCUCUCUCUCUCUCUCUCUCUCUGCUAAUUAGUUAUCGCAGAAGUCAGACGCAUUAGAAUUCUUACAAAGGAGAGGGACAGAGAGAAAGCAGGGCGGCAGGGCGGAGAUGAGUUGCAAUGGCUGCCGGGCCCUCCGCAAGGGGUGCAGCGACUCUUGCAUUCUCAGACCAUGCCUCCAGUGGAUCGACUCCCCCCAAUCCCAGGCCCACGCCACCGUCUUCGUCGCCCGCUUCUUCGGCCGCAGCGACCUCAUGUCCUUCAUAUCCUCCGUCCCCCUCUCCCACCGCCCUGCUCUGUUUCAGUCGCUCUUGUACGAAGCCUGCGGCCGCACGGUGAACCCCGUCAACGGAGCCGUCGGCCUGCUCUGGGGCCGCAACUGGCACAUCUGCCAGGCCGCCGUCGAAACCGUCCUCGCCGGUGGUACCCUCCGCCCCAUCCCCGGACUCGCCGCCGGCCUCACGCUUCCCGAGUGCGUCCACGAUUCCUCCGAGGCCAUCCCCAGUGACGCGUGGAAGAAUCCACACGACGCCUACUUUUCCUCCCCGCUGAGCGACAAAAUAGCGCAACCGCCCUCGUCCUUAACCCCGCGCUUCUCCACCAAGAUCAGGGUCCCCAGAGGCGGAAGCAGGGCCGCCCCCACGUCGUCCUACAGCACCGACCUGUCCGUCACCACGACGGCCACCACCUCCGGCACCGUAAACGACGACACCUACGGCGCCCAAGAGCGGAAGCUUCUCAACCUUUUUAUCUGAGAGCGCGCUUCAGACUCCGAUGGAUGAGCAAGCGCUGUUCCCGGUGAAUAAAAAAGAGAGAUCGAAUUAGUGGGGAAAGAACCUUUUUUUGUUGUUGUUGUAACAGAAUAGUAUUAGAGAAGCCUGUCAACCCAGCGCCGGGAUUUUCUCCGGUGAGUUUUUUGUUCACUUUCUCCGGCGAAAGGCUUUCUUUUCUUUCCUCACGGGAAGCAAAUGAUCGUUGUUUUUGGAAUUCUGAUGUUUGCGUUUAUUCCCAGUAAUCUUUUUUUAUUUUAAGAAAAAUUCAGAGAGAAUGAAGUGGUGGACCUUUUAUGCAACUCUUUUUUCAUAUCUAAAUUUUAAAUGCUGGACAACGUUAUAAAUUGUUCUUAUUGGAAUAUUAAUCUUAUUUUGCUCCC